GAGAGAGAAGGAGAGAGAGAGCUUGUCAUCCGGUUUAUGGUGUGCGAGAAAAAAAAACUAGAAAAAAAAAGUAGAGCACUACAAUGGUUUGCGCCAUCGAGCCAAUGCACCUCGACGAGAAUUGAAGUCCGCAAUUAAUUGAACAGCAAAAACGACCAGACGCGUUCAAUGAGCAAGCUGCUUCCAAUAUGGACUGCACCAUAAAGGCGCACAAUUUAGAAAGACGCGUCUAAGCUGCGCGCGUCGGAGCGGCAGGUGUCCCUGAAGGCACCAUGGAUGGGCACCGGGAGGUGAUUCAUUUGCAAAACCGGAAGCGCUGUCUGUGGUGAGUGACGACCAGCCCAUAUACGAGCCGCCCUACACCACCAACAUGCACAUGAAGGCGGAGAUGACGUCGCCAGGCGGAUUCAAGCAGAGUCCAGAGCCCGCCGAGUCCAACUGGCUGCCCGCCGCCCUCACCGCGCAGAAGAGGGGCGAACACGUCAACGGAACUAACCACGAGUCCCCAGUGGACUGCAGCGUCACAAAGCGCUCCCGGCACAUGAGCAACGACGGUGUCCCGAUUGCAUACCAGUCGUCGUACCCGGAACCCCGCGUCAGCCCGCCGAACGUCACCCCGCCCAGCAUUACCACCACGGAGGAGAAGCGUGUCAUUGUACCUGCAGAUCCCGAGGUGUGGACACAGGACCACGUGCGUCAGUGGCUGGACUGGGCCAUCAAAGAGUACGUCUUGGAGGAAGUGGACGUCAUGCUCUUCCAAGCGCUGGACGGCAAGGCCCUGUGCAAGUUGACAAAAGAGGACAUGAUGCACCUCACCUCCGCCUACAAUGCCGACAUCCUGCUCUCGCACCUCAAUUACCUCCGGCAGAGUAGUCCGACUUUCUCGUACUCCUCAAAUGCCUCCACCAACACGCCGCAACCACCCCCACCGCAGCCUCGGCUUCAGGUCAAAACAGAGAGCAGUUUUGAUGAGAUUAGCCGCAGGAACAGCUGGACUACCAACAGCAUGACGGUAGUGCCCAAAGGUUCCACCAUGGAGCACCAACACAGCAGAGUGACAGAACCAGCGCCAAGAAUCGGCCAAGACCCCUAUCAGACAUUAGGGCCCAUAAGCAGCCGGCUAGCAAACCCAGAAGGCCAAGCCGUCCGCUCGUCCAAGAACCGAACAGGCAGGCAAAGUUCGUACAAGCUGCCUGACCUCAGCGCCCAAAGGCCUGUGGGCUCGGGCCAGAUCCAGCUGUGGCAGUUCCUGCUGGAGCUGCUGUCGGAUAGCAACAACGCCAGCAUCAUCACCUGGGAGGGCACAAACGGCGAGUUCAAGAUGACCGACCCUGACGAGGUGGCCAAGCGCUGGGGCGAGCGCAAGAGCAAGCCCAACAUGAACUACGACAAGCUGAGUCGCGCCCUGCGCUACUACUACGACAAGAACAUCAUGACCAAGGUGCACGGCAAACGCUACGCCUACAAGUUUGACUUCCAGGGCAUCUCUCAGACGCAUCAGAGCCACCAGGCGGCCGACGGCGGCGGUGUGGUCAAGUAUCAGACGGAGAUGUCCUAUAUGCAGCCAUAUCACAGCCACCAGCCCAAAAUGAACUUCAUGGCGGGCCACCCGCCACCCAUGCCCGUCUCACCCGGGAACUUUUUUGGCCCGCCGUCCACAUACUGGAACUCACCCAGCAGCCCCAUCUACCCCGGGGCGGCCAUGAACAGACAUCCCGCCACCCACUCCCACCUCAGCUCGUACUACUGAGUACACACACACACACACACACACACACACACCCACACACACAAAGGGGAUGAUGAUUUUAUUAUUAUUUUUUAUUUCUUUUUAAAGGGCAUUAUGAUGUAGGCUGCACAGACAGAAGAGAUGGACAGAUUGAUGUAUACGCUUCCCAGGAUAUUAUGAAUAUACUGAUGACACGUAUUUACUGUAUUCCGUUGUUUUGGAACCAAGUUUCUCGUCCCAAUGUAUGGUGGUUAUAAAGACCCUCGGAAUUUUUUUUCCAAUUGAGAUGUACAGGUUAUAGUUCACGUAAACUGUGGAAUGUUUUUUUUUUAAUGAUUUAACUUGGUCUCAUUUUUUCAUAUCACAAAAACCUAGCAUUUGAAAAGGGGUGUGUAGACUUUUAAUACCCACUGUAAGUAUCAUGUUUGAUAGUUGGCGGAAACCUUUUGUAAGUGAAAGAAACUUGACUUCAAAGACAUUUGUAAAAGAAAUUGUACAGAAUGUUCCAUUAUGUAGCAACGCGACAUUUACUCAUGUUAAUAAAUGUUCC